AUGGGUGUGAUUUAUAAAAAUCGAGGUGAUUUGGAAGCAGCUAUUACUUAUUAUGAAAGGUGUUUAACUGUUUCACCUAACUUCGAGAUUGCCAAAAAUAAUAUGGCUACAGCUUUGACAGAUUUGGGAACAAAGGUGUAUCAUCAUAAAUCUCUUCCAUAUGAACACAUUUUAAGAAAGAAUGAACAAAUGUAUGCCUUCUUGGGGAUAUUCCUCUCACUCUGCCCACAGAGCAAGCUCGUUGAUGAAACUGUGAACUCUCAGUUGCGAGAGAAGUAUGGUGAAAAGAUGAUUGGAAUCGCGACACGACUUAAUUACUUUUGUCCUCGGUUUUUUCCAACUCAGGUAUUUUGGUCUUACCCAAAUCAGAAGGACUCAAAACAGGUUAGGGGCAUCACCUUACAUGAGAAAUUUGAUUUUUCAAAUUCUGCAGUUUGUGUUGCAAAUAAUCAUAGAGAUAAUUUGUUAUUCAAGCAAUGGGAUCCAGGAAAAAUAUCUUUAUUCUCAUAUUGA